GAACCCCCUCGCCUCGCUGCAGAGGAGGCUGCGCCCCGCCGCCGGCCAGGGCGCGAGCUGCGACCUACGAGUCGCCGACUGGAGCCCGACGGCGCAGGACGCGCUCUGCAAACGGCAGCUUCCAGCUGCUGCGGGCGGCCCCUCAGCACGACGUCCAACAGACCACCUUCUGGCUUCUUCAGCAGACAUGCGCGGCGCCGGUGCAGCCGCCCGCCGCCUCGCGGGCCGCCGCGUCGCCGAGGGGACCGCGACGACGACGACGUCCGCCUCAUCAGUGUCGUCUUCCCCCCGUCCCGCGCCGCCGCCGGCGACCGAGAGGACGGCGCUGCUCGGCGCGCGCCAGCGGCAGGACGGCGAGGACUCGGACCACCGCAUUCACAUCCCCGACGCACCCGAGGACACCUUUAGCUUCCGCAAGCUAUGGGCGUUCACGGGGCCGGGGUUCCUGAUCAGCAUCGCGUACCUGGACCCGGGCAACAUCGAGGCGGACCUGGAGGCGGGCUCCUUGGCGCAGUACAAAUUGCUGUGGGUGGUGUUGUGGUCCUCGGUGGCGGGGCUGCUGCUGCAGCGGCUGGCCGCGCGCCUCGGCGCCGUCACGGGCUUGCACAUGGCGGAGCACGCCCACCGCAACUACCCGGCGCCCGUGCGCAUCCUCGUCUGGCUCAUGAUCGAGCUGGCCAUCAUCGGCAACGACAUGCAGGAGGUGAUCGGUACGGCCAUCGCCUUCUACCUGCUGUCCAACACGCUCAUCCCCAUCUGGGCCGGCGUCCUCAUCACCAUCUUCGACACGUUCACGUUCCUGCUCAUCGACCGGUACGGCCUGCGGAAGCUCGAGCUGCUGUUCGGCCUCUUCAUCGCCACCAUGGCGGUGACUUUCGGUUACGAGUACGUGGUGUCGGCGCCGCCGCAGCUGGAGGUGGUCAAGGGCGCCCUGCUGCCGCUGUGCGAGGGCUGCGGCACUCAGGAGCUGCUGCAGAUCAUCUCGCUCAUUGGCGCCAUCAUCGCCCCCCACAACCUGUACCUGCACUCCGCGCUCGUCAAGUCUCGCGACAUCGACAAGGCCAACCCCGUGGAAGUGCGUGAAGCCAACAAGUACUACUUCGCAGAGACGAGCAUUGCCGUCUUCAUUGCUUACAUCAUCAACCUGUUCGUGAUCGCCGUCUUCGGAGACGGGCUUUACCUCACGACAAAUCAAGAAGUGAGGGCACUGUGCAUGGCCAACAACAACACCCACGCCGACAUCUUCCCGGUAAGCGUGCAUCAUUUUUUACACUGAUUCUUAUGAUUGC